AUGGCAAGCCACGACGCAAGCCCGGCCCCAGGCCCUGAUCCCAAGGCGCCCGGCGACUACGUGCAGUUCAAGUGCCUGCCGCCCGGCGGCCCCCUCAACCGGUGGUCGACCAACUUGACCCGAGAGCACGACUUUCCCGGGGCCCAGGCCAUGCUGUACGGCGCCGGCGUCCCCAGCCGCGACAUGAUGAAGAAUGCGCCGCACGUCGUCCUCGAGUUUGGCAAGAUCGUCAAGGCCGCCGUGGAGAAGCAAAACAUGCUCGCGUGGCAGUUCAACACGGUCGGCGUCUCGGACGCCAUAACCAUGGGCGGCGACGGCAUGCGCUUUUCCCUGCAGACACGCGAGCUCAUCGCCGACUCCAUCGAGUCCGUCACGGCAGCGCAGCACCACGACGCAAACAUCUCCAUCCCCGGGUGCGACAAGAACAUGCCGGGCGUUGUCAUGGCCGCCGCGCGCCACAACCGGCCCUUCAUCAUGGUCUACGGCGGCACCAUCCGCAAGGGCCACUCGGCCCUGCUCGGCCGCGACGUCAACAUCAGCACCUGCUACGAGGCCGCCGGCGCCUUUGCCUACGGCCGCCUGCAGGCCGCCGCCGGCCCCGCCGAACACGGCCCCGCGACGACCGGCGCCGACGUGCUCGAGGAUAUCGAGCGCCACGCCUGUCCCGGCGCCGGCGCCUGCGGCGGCAUGUACACGGCGAACACCAUGGCGACGGCCAUCGAGGCCAUGGGCCUGACGCUGCCCGGCUCGUCGUCGUUUCCCGCCCAGUCGCCCGAGAAGGCGCGCGAGUGCGAGCGCGCCGCAGAGGCCAUCCGCGGCGCCAUGCUGCGCGACGACCUGCGCCCGCGCGACCUCAUGACGCGCGCCGCCUUUGAGAACGCCCUCGUGCUGACCAUGGUCCUCGGCGGCUCCACAAACGGCGUGCUGCACUUCCUCGCCAUGGCCCACACGGCCGGCGUGCCCCUGACGCUCGACGACGUCGCCCGCGCCAGCGACCGCACCCCCGUGCUGGCCGACCUGGCCCCGAGCGGCCGCUACCUCAUGGAGGACCUGUACCGCGUCGGCGGCACGCCCUCGGUGCUCAAGCUGCUCAUCGCCCGCGGCCUCGUCGACGGCUCCGUCAUGACCGUCACCGGCCGCUGCCUCGCCGACAACGUCGCCGACUGGCCCAGCCUCGACCCGGGCCAGCCCAUCAUCCGCCCGCUCGACGACCCCAUCAAGCCCUCGGGCCACAUCCGCGUCCUGCGCGGUAACCUGGCUCCCGGCGGCGCCGUCGCCAAGAUCACCGGCAAGGAGGGCCUGUCCUUUUCCGGCGCCGCCCGUGUCUUCGACUGCGAGCGUCACCUCAACGAGGCCCUGACCGCCGGCCGCAUCCGCCCCGACGACGGCAACCUCGUCCUCAUCGUCCGCUACGAGGGCCCCCGCGGCGGGCCCGGCAUGCCCGAGCAGCUGCGCGCCUCGGCCGCCAUCAUGGGCGCCGGCCUGACAAACGUCGCCCUCGUCACCGACGGCCGCUACAGCGGCGCCUCGCACGGCUUCAUCGUCGGCCACGUCGUCCCCGAGGCCGCCGUCGGCGGGCCCAUUGCCCUCGUCCGCGACGGCGACGCCAUCACCAUCGACGCCGUCCGCAACCGCAUCGACGCCGACGUCCCCGACCACGAGUGGGACCGCCGCAGGGCCCAGUGGAAGGCUCCCGAGCCAAGGGUAAGGAGGGGCGUCCUGGCAAAGUACGCCAGGCUCGUGGGCGAUGCGAGCCACGGCGCCGUCACCGAUGCGUGGUGA